AUGUUCUCUUGGACUUUUAUCUUCUGGUUCUUGCAAAUAAACAAAUUUGUCUCUACUGCUAUCUAUAAUAUCAGUAAUUGUUAUUACAAAAUUUCUGAAGAAUUUCACCAUGAAGGAGAUGUUGUGAUUGGUGCGUUUUUCCCACUUCAUACAUUCCACACCAGGAAGAAAAAGCCACAUCCAACUAUCCCAUAUUACUAUUUGGACAAUAACAUACAGUAUAACUUUAAGAACUACCAGUAUAUUCUAGCUCUGCAAUUUGCCAUUGAGGAGAUCAAUGGGAACCCCAAUCUUUUACCCAACAUGUCUCUUGGAUUUGAUUUCUACAAUGUCAGAUUCACUGGGAAGUACAUUCUUGAUAUUACUUUUAAUUGGCUCACAGCUCUUGGUGAGAGAAAUUAUUUUCCUAAUUACAAUUGUAAAAAGAGAAAUUUCACUGCUGCACUGACAGGAACCUCAUGGAUAACAUCUGCCCGAAUUGGGACAUUGCUUCAACUCUUUAAAUUUCCACAGAUUAAUUUUGGACCUUAUGAUCUUCUCCUGAGUGACCAUGGCCAGUAUCCUUCUCUCUACCAGAUGGCCCCCAAGGACACAUCCCUUUCACUUGCCAUUGUAUCGUUGAUAGUUCAUUUUAGGUGGUCAUGGGUUGGUCUCAUCCUCCCUGAUGACCACAAAGGAAAUAAAAUUCUAUCAGAUUUUAGGGAGGAGAUGGAGAGAAAAGGCAUCUGCCUAGCUUUUGUAAAAAUGACAGCAGACACAUGGACUUCAUAUGUUGCCAAAUUCUGGGAAAAUAUGGAUGAGACAAAUGUAACAAUUAUUUAUGGUGAUAUUGAUUCCCUAGAAGGUAUAAUGAGAAAUAUUGAGCAAAGGUUAUUGACAUGGAAUGUCUGGAUCAUGAACAUUGAACAUCAUGUUAUUGACAGAGCUGAUUAUUUCUUGUUAGACUCAUUCCAUGGAAGCCUAAUUUUUAAGCACAAUUACAGAGAGAAUUUUGAGUUUACCAAAUUUAUUCAAACAGUAAAUCCCAAUAAAUAUCCAGAAGAUGUUUAUCUUCCUAAGCUGUGGUAUUUGUUUUUCAAGUGCUCAUUUGCUGACAUUAAUUGUCAUGUGUUGGACAACUGUCAAACCAAUGCUUCUUUGGAUGUAUUGCCUCGUCACAUAUUUGAUUUGGCCAUGAAUGCAGAGAGCACAAGUAUUUACAAUGGUGUGUAUGCUGUGGCUCACAGCCUCCAUGAGAUGAGACUUCAGCAACUUCAAAGACAACCAUAUGAAAAUGGCAAAGGGAUGGUAUUCUUUCCAUGGCAGGUAAUAACCUUUCUACUGUAUUUUUUUGUCAGCACUCUGGCAUAA